GAAAAUAAAACAAAAAGAAGAAAAGAGAACAAAAAGAAGAAAAAGAAGAAGAAAAUAGAAGAAGUGGAUGAGUGAAAACAAGGUGUAACCAUGGCAAACGACGUUACUAUAGCAAACAUUCGCACCGACAAUCGUUCGGUGCUUGAAGUUCGUGGAAAAGAAUUCGGACUGCAACCUAUUAUUGACCUAGUUGAGAACGUUAUUAGCAAAAACACCAAAAUUGAAGAGGUACGUUUCGUAAGUGGCAAGCUUUUUCGCAUUGACGCCAAUCUACCAAAUCAAGUUUGGCAUGGGAAAAAUGUUGUGGUUCAUGCGCGUGAGCUACUGGUUCCGUCGCCCGUUUGUUGGGACCUUUCGGGCAAAGACGAUACCCAUGAGUACAGCCAAAGUGCUGGGACUGGCGAGGACGGAACGGGUUUAAAUGGUAAGGAUGGCUACCCUGGCGAGAGUGGUGGAAAUGUGUUGAUAAUGGCGAAAGAAAUAACAAACCCCGAGCACAUGACGAUCAUUGCGAAUGGCGGAGCUGGCAGCGACGGUCAGGACGGUGGCAAUGGUAAACAUGGGAAAGAUGGAACAGGAAAACGCUGGUCCGAGUUUCGGGAUGAAUUUCCACCGGUAGCAUCGAUGGACGGGGUACGGCAUGCGGACUUGAAUACAACCCUAAAGAACCUGAAAAAACCGGGCAUAACAAUAACAAAGGAAGAGGUGAACGAUCGUCAUACUUUAAAAAUCCUUACAAAUUCGCUCCGCGGAUGGACAUACCUGUUGUCUUUCACAAAAGUUGAAUUUCAGGGCUUGCAAAUAGAAGAUUGCUAUUUCGAGUGUAAAACGGACGAUGGGCACACAAUAACGUUUUCCUAUCAGGAUGGUGAUUUGAUGACCCAAAAUUGUCAAGCUUUUCUGCUGUACGAAGGAUCACCGGGAACUCCGGGUAUGUCUGGUGGAGAGUAUGGCAUGGGUGGUCAGGGCGGCAAGGCUGGGGAGGUAACGGUACAGUGCCUGACAAACUAUCGAGAUGUUGAUGUACAUAUUAUCAGCAAAGCGGGAGCGAAUGGAAAGAAUGGAAAAGGAGGUGUUGGUGGUCGCCACGGCAAGAGAGGUUGGGAUGUAGGAUACGCGGAUCAUUUUUGGGGCCGAAGGUUUGGACCAUUUCCCAUCUACUAUGGAAGUGAUGAAAACAGCACUCUUAAAUUAAGCGCUUAUUCAUCAAAUUCUAGCAACAGAGUGUAUUGUCCUUAUUUAAGUGAUAACUCCUCAACGUAUGUAGAAAUAACGUCCUCCAGGCUACGUCAUCCAGAUCAGCAAACGUUUGAGGAACGGAACAAUAGUAGAUCGAACAGCGAAAGGCAGCAUCAUGCACGAGCCUUAGGUAAGAAAACAAUCUCCAGACAAAGCGUGCUGAAUGCGUAUUCUGAGUUUAUGCAAGAAGUUGAGCGCGAGAUAGAAGAAGAGGAAGCCAACCGGCGUCACGAAGAAGAGUGCGCACGACAGCGUGCCCGUGAAGCAGAGCUUGUAGCGCGCCAAGCUGCUGAGAGAGAAGCUCAGGAGGAGAGGCAACGUGCAUAUGAAGCGGAACAAGCGCGACUGGCUGCUGAAACGCAAAGGCUAGAAGAAUUUAGGCGUGCACACGCAACAGAGGUAGCGGCACGCCAAGCUACUGCGCAGAAUGUUCAGCAAGGAACUACUGGAGGAAGGCGGCUUCAUUCUCAGCCAAAUCCUGCAUGUGAACCAAAGAUGGCAGCACUGCAAGCUGCCGAGAGUAGACUUCAGCAUUCAAACCGUUGGUCCUAUCAAGCAGAAUGCCGCCAACAUCCAUACGAAGUAAGGCGGGCAGCUCGCCAAGCAGCGGAGAAGAAAUUGCAGGAGAAAAAACAAGCUGCUGAGGCGGAGAAAAAGGCGAAAGAGGAAAAGCGUGCAGCUGCUAAGCAGAAAGUGCUGGAAGAAAAGCAGCGCGCAUUUGAAGCAGAGUGUGAGCGUCAAGCUGCUGCAAACCGAAGGCAAGAAGAGUUGCAACUUGCGCAUGCAAUGAGUCGUUGCGUUUCCCUCGAACAAGAUAUCAAACGCCAACAUUGCAAAGUCACGGUGAAUAUAUCUAAGGUAAAACAGGAUAAUGAUCAGGAAGGGAAUGCAACUAACUGCGAUUCUUUCACAUUAAAUGACUGGCUGUCGUACAGCACGAAAGCCGUGCAUGAAAAGGAUCUUAUCCUAUUGCUAAGCAAAUUUGCCACUGAUCGUACAAGUUACCUUCAAGAUACGGACACAGAUGAAGGUAACAAGACAAUUGAUGAAAUAGAUGAAAUGUUCUUUAGGAAAUACAAAUUUCAAGCAAUGCAAAAACUGCCACAGCUAUUACCACUGUACCUCAAAUGUGAAACACAACAUGAUUACACUGCAGAAACAAUUUCGCAAUUCCUAAAAGAAACUAAAGAAAAGAACGGUCAAGCCUCUCAUGUGAUUCUGGGUUCAAUGAAGCAGUAUCUGUACGAAAACACUCCAGAAAUACGAAGCAAGAUCGUGACUUUUAUCAAACAAGAAAUGAAAGAUGAUGAUGAGGUUUUACGGCGUGCAAUUAAAUCUUUCGUUUUAGACACUGAAUAUGUAGACAAUAUCGACGAAUGUAUGGAAACGUUCUACAGAGAGCUGUCCAAACCGCAACACAAAGAGCUUUUGCCCUUUUGGGACGCUGACAGUGAUGAAGAAACGAAUAACGAAUUUCGACGAGCAAUACAAAAAGAUGAAGCUUUAAAAGCGCUUUACGAUAGCUUGAAUGAAGCAAAGCGGGUAAAAGCGCAAUAUGAAACGAGUGAAAUGAUUGUCGAUGAGCAGGUGAAGCAAAAGUUCAUCGAAUACAUUCAAAGUAAAGGAGUUGCGACAUCGGGGAGCUGCAGAGAGUUUUUGGCAUAUGUGUUUGAUGUCAAUCUUAGGGUGUAUACUACUGAUGAGGACUUUGAGUAUGUUCUUCUUGAAGAACACAAUCCUUCUUCAACGACGAAGAACCAUAUACUUAUCCGAGACGAUGAGUUAGUGCAGAUGGAAAUAAACGCCGAGUACUUACAAAUGGCCCAAGAACGUCUGUACAAGGAUACUCUUUUCGGGAAUAUUCUGAUGGAGCUGGACUACUUGCCUACUAUUGGAGACAUCGAACAGUUUUUAACACUAUUUGAUGUUGAAACAGUAGCUAGCACCCAGAGUUAUGAUGAAGAAAAUGAUUCAAAUGAUAAGGUAACAGCUGAAACGUUGGCCAGCUACUUCCCGGAGGAGAAAUGUGUAUCCAUAAGAAAAAUGUUGGAGAAAGUUACAUAUUCCAAUGAGAAACGGAUGUUGCAAUGUAUGGUGCAACGCUUUGCGUGCGAAGGACGGCAUAUAUCUGCGGAUGAAAUGAGCAUGUUCAUUAACUCGCUGCUCGAUAGCAUUGCCAACGGUGGACAGGAAGCGUUCACUUACACAUGGAUUGUUGCAGCCUAUCAGCAACAGAACUGGGUGGAUGAGGCAUUACUUCUGCAUCUUGAAACACAUUUCAAACAACAAUUGCCGAACAAACAGCAAUGGCGAGCGUACAUGAGCAAAAUGAUGAGCAAAGAUGUUUUGGUGACAUUGUUCAAUGAGCUUCAAGUAAGCACUUGCACUAUUGAAUGCAUGAACGAUAUUUUGCAUUUGCUAAGCAGUGUCCCUAUAGAGUCUAUUGCUUUCGAUGGAAUUAAGCUGUCGGAGUGGGGCUACUUUCUGAAGGAACAUUACUGGACGCACAAACUGAAGGCUUUAGUGGAAUGGAAUGAGGAGGAUCGACUCAGCGAUGCUUCUUACUACAUGAGCUGUGUUGAAAAUACAUUUGGAUAUAGUAAAGCAAAUGAUUUGAUAGACUGUUUGAAAGGUAAAGAUCAACUGACCUCUAAAAUUGUGCUGAAAAUUCUAUCAAACUUGCAGAAACAAAAAUGGCUCUUAACGGAUGAAGAAAUCCACAACCUAAAGGCUUCUCAACUGCAAGAUUGGAUCGCUACAAUGGAGCAAAAGUACAAACCACAGCUGGAGGAUUUCAAUAUACAGCAACUUGCAGAAAUACUUGAGAGUGAUCAAAAUACAUCAAAGAGGAUUCUCAACAAUCUUCCCACGAUACGGACAUCCAUUCAACACAUCAAUGAUGUAAACACAUCUUAUAAUCAGAAGCUGGUGGCAAAGUUUACAUAUAAUGACAUCAAAAUUUGGCAAGAAACGAUUGGUGUUAAAUUAUACAACGCAACAAACGAUGACACUGUACACAUUUACGCAGAAAUGCUUGCAGUAAUUGAUCGAGCGAUUGAGCUGAAGAGAGGAUUUCGACUUCGCGAUACUCAACGACUUACUAUUCUUGCGUUGCUUACGAACACGAAAAGCACUCUGGCCCAAGUAUCCACCGGUGAAGGGAAAUCGUUGAUCGUCGUAGCAACCUCGAUCGUAAAAGCUCUGUUCCACAACAAGGUGGACAUUGUAACCAGCUCUCCGGUGCUCGCUAAGCGUGAUUCCGAGGUGAACAAAGAUAUCUAUGAAUUGUUUGGAGUCAGUGUUCACCAUAACUGUAGCGAAGACCUUGAACAGCGCAAAGAAGCUUACUCGAAUUAUCAGGUUGUGUACGGCGAUUUGGCAAGCUUUCAGCGUGACUACCUGCUGGAUAGAUUCUAUGGCAAAAACAUACUAGGUGAUCGUGAUUUUUCGUGCGUUAUCGUCGACGAGGUGGACAGUAUGUUGGUUGAUAAGGGAAAUAAUAUGCUUUACCUGUCGCACGAUAUACCGGGAAUGGAUAAGCUUGAGUCGGUGUAUGUUUUUAUUUGGCAGGUGGUCAACUCUUCCCCGGGCAAUCCAGAAGACAUUGAUACGGAUGAAAUUAAGAACAUAAUUAUGAACAAUCUGUACGAUCGGAUCAGUUUCGACGAUCUGAAGAAACUCGAUCCAAGCUUAAGCACCAAAAAAGUAAAAUCAAUUUGGCAGUGUUUAGUAAAUGGAGGCGUAAUAGAUACGGAGUCAAACAUUGUGAAAAAUGCCAUAGAUUCUUCAAGAUUGGAAAAAGUAUUGCCUCCUGAGUUCGCUCAAUAUAAGCAUAGGCUAAGCUUUCUACUGACCGAAUGUGUCAAUCGCGAGAAGCAUAUAAUUGUUCCUAACUAUCUGAAAAAGUUUGUCGAAAGACACUUGACGUCUUGGAUCGAUAGCGCUAUCAAUGCGUUACUGAUGGAGCCUGAUCACUCGUACGUGGUAAGCUUUAUGGCGUCCGGUGUAAAAACCGAGCGUAGCAUAGUGAUCCUCGACAAAGAUACUGGAACAGAUCAGGGAAGCUCUCAGUGGGACGAAGCAUUGCAUCAGUUUUUGCAGCUAAAACAUGGCUGUAAAUUGUCAUUGCAAAGCUUGAAAGCGGUUUUCCUAUCGAAUGUGUCAUAUUUCAAGCUGUACAAGCUAUUGUACGGGUUGACCGGUACACUCGGCUCGCAGGGUGAAAGACACUUGCUGAAAGAGGUACAUCAGGUAGAUUUUGUUACCAUACCACCGACCAAGUCGAAACAAUUCGACGAGUACGAUCCAAUCAUUUGUCUCGGGCACAACAAGUGGCUGGAAAGCAUUCGGACGGAAGUGGACACCCUGGUCAACGAGCAGCAUCGAUCGGUUCUCAUCAUUUGCGAUACGAUCAAUGACGUGCAAAGUGUGGAAAAGUGCUUAAAGGCAAAGGGUGAGCUACACAUUAGCACCUACACGCGGGACUUUGAAGAGUUUGAUGUGGUGCAAGGUACUGCAAAGCUACAGCAAGGAGAGAUCAUCAUUGCAACCAACCUGGCGGGCCGUGGAACCGAUAUACGCAUCACGGAUGAAGUGAGAAAGGCAGGUGGGCUGCAUGUGAUUCUGACGUACCUUCCGGAAAACAUUCGCAUCGAGGAGCAAGCUUUUGGAAGAGCGGCAAGAAGCGGAGACAAAGGAUCCGGACGGAUGAUACUGAUGGUGCGGGGCCGCAAGCAGUUCCGAAAGUCCAAAAUAAUUGACCUGAAAAAGAAGCGAGAUAAAAAUGAGCUGUACCGCAUAUCGGAGGUCAAGUCGUACUACGAAAAACACAUCGUGACGGAGGAGAAUUGUUUUAACAAAUUCAAAAAGGUGUAUGAAAAGCACAGGGAGGCUCUAGACAACGCCGAUGUGCCGAAAGAAGUUAAAGCUAUUUUGCUCGAAAGCUGCCUCGAUCAGUGGGCGUUCUGGUUGGACGAGCACAGCAGCUUGAUGGAAGAGUUCAGUCAUGAAUGUGAUGAAAAGCGUACGCCACCGGUGCUGAAGACGUUUUUGAACAAGAUGCAAAGCUUCCAGUCGGGAGAAUGCACUGAGUCUUAUUUAUUGAGCAGCUUGUGGGAAGGCUGGGUUGCGGGGAAUCCGAUGCGUAUGAUUAAACUGGGAAAACAUCUCGCAGAGCAUCAUGUAAAAGUCGGUAUUUUGAAGGACUUACAAAAGGCAGGCAAACAACUUACAAACAUGGUAAAGAAAACAUUUGACGACGCAAAAAUAGUGGUGUACGCUUAUGAAACGGCUAUGAGUUUGUUCGAAAAGGUUAUACAGCUUGAGCCCCAGUUUUGUGAAGCUGCAUACUAUUAUCGUGCCUACACGGUGAUGAAAUCGGCUGAAAUUGAACAGACUACAGAUGGAACGAGUAAUGAAACGAUCGAACAGUUCAAGAAAGAUUUGCGUGCAGCGAUGGAGCUUUUUGAAGCGCAUCAUACAGCCGCUGUACAGGCUGCUGGCAUUGUGGGAAAAUCGAAAAACAUACACGUUUCGUACGACGACUACAAGGAACAAAAGGAGCGCAUUGCAAAGUUGUAUCUAUCGUUCACACGAUCGAUUGAAGAUAUACUAGGGUAUGCGGUGACUCCUGACGCGUUUGUGUCGGAUGAUAAUAUUACAGCUGAUCAAGCGGAACGUAUCUGUAAGUAUCUCACUGACCAUAAGAUAGCAUCCAAACCACAAGUGCGGAAAAACGUAAGCGACCAGCAGUUGCUUGCUAUCCAUGAAGACUAUGGCAUACCGGUUGAAGAUUUGAGGACCUUUUUUUCUGCUAAGGCUGGCAAAGAGAUUGACGAGGGCACGUUUUUGAAGGAAUGUGAAUCUACCUUCAAACUUCCUAGUAAAGAACAGUUUUGGGAGCUGUUAGACAAGCAGAAGGUUAUAAGCGACAUACAGGAGUACGUAAGGGUAGAUAAUACCAAGUUGAAGAAAGUGAAUCCCUCUUUGAUGGAUGCCAUUGAGGAAAUUGUAAAAAAAGAGAAAUUAUUAAAACAAUCAAUUGAACUAACGAACGAACAGAUUGUUUUAUACCACGAUUGGCUAACGUACGAGCAGACAGAAAAUACAGAUUCAAAGGCAAAUGUAAGUACAGAAAUAUCUAAAAAAGAAGAUCUUACACAAACCGUCGCUGAACAACAGAAUGAAUUGUUGGAUAAAAAGGGUAUUACCACCAGCAAUCAAAAGGCAAAUGAUGAUGCAAGCAAAAUUUCAUCAUGUGUGCCCGAAUCGUCCGAUUCUGUGUCUGAUCUGUCCAAGAAAGCAACUACAGAUGAAAAUGAGGUAAAACUCAGCACAAAGACAGGAGAUAAAGAGUCAAAAGCACGUGUCAGUAUGGAUAUAUUUAAAAAAGAUGAUUUUAUAAAAGCUUUCGGAAGGGAACAGUAUGAAAUGCUUGUUAAAAAGGGUAUAAUCACCAUCAAUAAAAAGGCAAAUAUCGACAAAAGCAAGCUUUUAUCAUGUGUGCCCGAAUGGUUCGAUUCUGUGUCUGUUCAGGAUUUGAUCAAGAAAGCAAAUAUAGAACAAACUGAGGCAGAACUCAUCAUGAAUGAGUUGAUAAAACAAGGAACUUUAGAACCUAGUGUGGGUGAUUCCUACAAAUUAAAGGAUAGUUUUAACGACAAAAAGGAUGACUUGGUGCCAUCGUAUCCAGUGUAUGAGCCUGCGGUAAGGGCGUUACUUGCAGGUUGCUUUGCGUACAGAUUGGAAUUGAAGCACCUCAAAGACCAACUAGAAGACCUUGAAUCCGGCGAUGGAAAAGUAAUACGAAUCAAUCUAGCAAGUCAUCCUUAUGUGUCCUUCUUUGAAGAUCUUUUAAAACAGAAUAUUAUUCGACCAUGCAAGAUAGAAAACGAAAAUUUCAAUGAACAAAUGGAACAAAUAUGUAUGAAAAACUUAACCAAAACAGAGUGGAGAGAUAUUUUCAUAGAAGUGCUUGCGAUCCCCACCACUGAUGCAGAUCAGCUGGUUAGUGAAUUAAUCAAAAACAAAUGUUUACAUAAACGAUCGAUAGGUACAAAAAUGUGGGACAAUGCAUCGAAGCUUACCCAACUACAGUUUCAGCAAAUGAGUGUAACAAGUUACUAUGACAUAGGGGAAGAGAAAGAUUUCAAAAGCAUAGUUUCGAUCACCCUGAAAUGCUCUGGUACCGUGUCUUACGACAUAGGCAAAACGGUAGUACAAUAUUUAAACCAACAGCGCAAGAUACGCGAAGCUUCAACACAGACGCAUGUAAUAAAUUCUUUGAAAUCGCUCAAAUCUUCCAUUGUAGGGCUAAAAGUUCCUGGAAUAUAUUUAAAAUCAAUUCAAGAGGUGACUAAGAAUACGGAGAUUAAUUUUGGUACGAUAGACGAAGAGUAUAUUUUCAAUCUGAACGGAUUGGAGCGUCUGAUACAACUGAAAGAGCAGAAGGGAAUGCUUGGUAAGGCUACUGCGGUAGCGUUAAUAGGGCUGGGCCAAAUAGCUUUGGGUGGCUUAAUAGAGUUUUGCUCGGUAGGUUGGUUGACGCACGUUGCAAGCAGUUUUAUGAGCGAAGGUCUUAACGACAUAAGCUAUGCUGUGAAUGCACUUCACACCGGUCAUUUCAGUUGGAAGGAAUAUGCGGUGCAAAAAAUGAAAAGCAUAUUAUUUACCGGGAUUACCGCCGGCGUGGCAGCGUUGUGUUCUCGUGCAGUCAAGCAAUCGAAAAUCAUGAAGAAAAUAUUCAAUUCUGGGCUCUGUACAGAAGGGGAAUCAAUAUGCGCAACAACGGCACGUAGCCAGCUCGGUACGAAACUCGAAAACAAAGUCAUUAGCGUGGCGUUAAAGCGAGUUGGGAUGAAAAUCGUUCAAGGUGCUGCGCAAGGUGUGGCGAACGUGAUGGUCGAUACAAUCGUCGAUGAUUAUUUGCAAUCGAUGGUCAAUGGGCUGGCUGCGGAUGUGCUGCGCACGGUGUUGAGCAAAGUAGACGAUCACAAAGCAACGCAGAGCCUGAAGCAAGUGUACGAUCAGCUGGGAGAACAGAGGGCUAGGCAGCUUAUACAGGAAAUAAAUUCAUCAUUUGGAACAUACAGUUGGGAGAGUUAUGUGUCCAUUGUCGGACAAAUGGUGGGCAGUUUAUCGCACGGAUUCGCAAGUGCGUUGCAGAAAACGGAGAGUAAAAGUAUCACACUGAAGAUUUUGAGCACAUUAGGCACGGUAUGGGUUUGGGGCGAAAGGGCUUUACAGUUGGGUAGAAUGGGUUACGAAGUCAGCCAAUUUCUCAACACAAUGGAUGCGCAGAUGUGUGAAAAGCUUAAAUCAAGGGUAGCCAAUGCGGACGGGAGUGAAUGUUCCAAACCAAAGGAGGAUGGGUUUGAUAAGUUUAAGAGCGAAACAGUCAGGCAAUGGCGAGCGCUGUUGAGUGAGCAUGUUGGGAAACUCAUCACAAUGCAUUUCAUUAAACCAUUGCUACACGAUGCAUUAAAACGCAUUGGAAGGCAUAUCAAACGAGUGCCACUUAAAAUCAGAGAAAGAAGAUUGAGAAAGAAGGUGAAAAAAGAAAAAGCGGCACACGAUGCGCUACCGGAAGAGCAACGAAAGCUGCACGAACAUCAGUAUCACGAAAAGUUGCAGAAAAUCAUGUACAAAACAAAGAGUCCUGCGCUGUUUGCGGAUAUCAUUCAGGAGGGUGUACCGAUGGAUCUAACCUGUGUAGAUGCAUGUACAAAAGUGAUACAGAAGUUUUUGAAAGCCAAAAACAUACCAACUGAUGCACUUAUUGUUGACGUGCAGGCGGAGGACGGCAUAAGCCAAACGUUUGCUUCCGGAGAGCCCGGAGCGGCGAACGCUAAAAAGGUAACCUUACAGCUGACCGGCGGUCAUUUCUCAUUUUCUGAAAACCAACAAAACGUUGACGGCAAUAAUUGUAUGUAUGCGGCAUUGUGCGAAGCCAUGCCCGAGCUGAAAGAUAUGACGGCUGAUGAGUUUAGGAAGCAAAUCGCAGAUACAAUAAGGGCAGAUCCUUCCAUACAACAUCACAUUAGGCAGGGUUGGCAUCGGUAUCCAAUCAAGGCGUUCAAUUGCAUUGGGGGCAGGAGACAAGAGCCGCCCGAAAGCGACGAGCUGGAGAAGAAAUUUAAAAGCAAUAAAAGAUACUUGCACAGCAUUGUAAUUCCACUGUCUCGCAAAUCUGAAACAUUUUCUGGAGGGAAAAAUUUAACAACAAAAAAGUUUAGGAAAACCAAAUGCAUCGUAAUAAGAAACACAGUAGAUCACAUCUUUAACCGCGUUACGGUUUACCCUAUAGAAGCAGCAGCAACGAUACAGGCAGCGAUGAAAAUCUCAGGCAUGGCUUGGGAAGUAAUGUUUGAAAGCGGAGGCAGUAACUCAUUUGAUAAACUACCUAAUGCUUUGAGAGAAGGCAAAUUUGAUCGAGCGCAUGGUGUUAAGUUGAGAAUAAAGAAAGAGAACUUUACAACGCCUGAACAGUUGCAAGCAUUAGCAAUGCUACAGAAUUGUCUUGGAAGAAGGGAAUAUGUGUACAAAGAAGCAAACAUGACUGGCAAUAUUGCAGGAGAUAUUGACAAUAUUCAACCGAAAUUGUUGAAGGAGUUUGUGCACAGCUAUGACUUUGCCCAACCUGACAACAGUCGCCAGUACGUCAAAGACUUUUUCAGUAGAGCAAGUGAGGAGGUUCGGAGUUGCACAAUGAAGAGGGAGGAUAAUAAAAGCAAUAGGAAAAGAAGCAAACCAAAUGCAAACUCGACAAGCGGUAGCAGUCGAACAAAACGAAGGCUUAAUAUAUCGGGUGAAAUAGAACAAGCUCAUAAAAAAAUUCAAAAGUAUGAUCCUACAGCUGACCUUAAAAAAUGCAAAUCUAACAUAUAUGAUAGAUUAAUAAGGGGCGAACCGGUGGUAUAUUCGAUAGAAAAAAAUUACACGUCGGAAUCGUCGGGAAUUGAUACCGACCGUCCAUCAACGUCGUCCUCACGUUAGCAACGUCAAACUGUCGUAGAAGAAGAAUAAUUUUUGGAAUAAGAUGAAGAAUAUGAACAAACGAAGAAGAAGGGGAAUAUGAAGAAUGUUAAGAAAAAUAGGAAGAAGAUAAGGGAGAAUAUUAAGAAAAUUAAGAAGAUGUGUAAGAAUUAUAAAAAAAGGAAGGAACAGUAGCUGACGACUAUCAAGGAUCAAACAUUACAGCAUGAAAAUCGGAACAAUACAGCUACUCUACAUGCGGCGGCGCUACGCAAUUAGAUCCUGACGCGGAAGAUUCUAAAAUGCACAUUCUAAAUGAUUACAUCCUGUAUAAAGUUCAUGGAAGGUACAAGUUGAUAUAACCAACCGAAGAACACGAAAUGCUCGAACAGAUGGUUAGAAAAAGUUGCUUCGGAAAAGAAGCACGUUGAUCUUUGGAAAUAUGGAAUGUAAUGUAUCGAAGGAAUGACGAAUCGUUAGAAAACACAAUGAUCAAGCAAGUACAUUGAAUAGAGAUUCACACAAUGCUUUUAAAAUGAAGGAUGACGUGAUCUUGACCUGGUGCAGAAGAUCACGUGUCUUCGUCUGGCGUAACACAUUAUGCUUGCUUUGAUGGCGAACGCAUCUACGGCGCAUUGGCACCUUCGUGCGUGUUUAUCACGCCUUCUCUGUCCUUGCACGUGAUCUAAAAGCACUUUACGGGUAGCGUCAGUUCGUGCCACACGUAUGUCAUAGAUAGCUCGUAGAAGCCAAUUGAGCAAUACAAAUCGCCAAACAAACCUUCUACUGAGCCGUAACUGAAGUGUCUUCUCAACUGUCAUUCCACGAGUACAGUGGUACAGAAUCUGCGGAGCAUCUGUCUUUCGAAUGUCGCUAAGAGUGCAUCAUUGUUCAAAUCAAAUCUUUUUUAGAGUCCCUGAACUACAGAAGCAAAAUCGUUCGCAUGCAACAGUCAGGACCAACGUUUGUGCUUACAGUGUUACACGUGAAACCUUAUGUCGAGGUGUAUCGAGACGGAUUAUCAACUGUUAUAGCUGCAGUCACCAAGCUUUAGUCAUUAUUGGGUUUGACAGCACAAUGCUGAUUUCGUUCACCCACAGACAUUCUUCGUUCUGGAGAUGCCAUCCUUGUUAGACUUGAUUGGUUAGGACAAAAUGAGUUAUCAGGUUAUUGUAUAAUAAACAUGUAUUUUUGUUACCGUAUUUUAUCGAGCAUAGUGCCCCAGUUUUGUAAUUCAAAAUAAUGAUCGAAAACUAGUUUUACACUAUAUUUGGAAACUAGCAUUUUACUCGCAUGCGCUCUGCAUUUGAUAAACGCGAUAUGUAUAAUUUGAACAUAAACAAAUUUUAAAUGUAUUAAUUCAUAAUUACUUACAGUAGAACGUCGAUUAUCCGGGGACGGAUUAACCGGCGGGCGGCUUAACCGUGCGCAUAAAUCUGACAGCUGUUCAUACGUACGGCGAAAGUUUGCAGCGAUAGUCAAAUGGGUAACCAGUUUCUUGUGCAGAUCUGUAGUGUCUAGGGGUAUUUUGGAAAUUCAUUUUGGUUCAUGAACAGUUGUUAAACCUACAGUUAUUGAUUAAAAUAAUAUUCUACUAACGAUUAAUCUAUUGAUUGUAGGUGAAUUAAUAAUAAAACUAGUGAAUUUCAUAUGUUUUAUAUGCGUUUGACAUUUCUUGGACCAUUAUCCGUGCAAAUCGAUUAACCGGCAACCGUCCGGUCCCGAGCUGCCCGGAUAAUCGACGCUCUACUGUAUUUGUAAAAUGAAUAAAGAUUACGCUAAAAAAUCAUUCUGCCUACGUAUCACAAACAUUUUCAUAUAAUUGAAAGGAUAUUAUACAUCAAUAUAGUGGUAAGUGUCAACUUCGUGGCAAAGCAAUAAAUAGCAACUGGAACGAUCGUAUACAUUGAAACGUAUAAACAUCGAUGAAUAAAUAA